AUGUCUACUGCAUCUAAAGUCACUUUUGGUGCAUCUAUUGCUUUUGCCGUAGGAGCUUUUGCUUUCAUCAACUACUCUCAACAAGUGGAAAGAGCUGCUUUAAGACAAGGUCCCAUCAAAGAUGCAGAACGUAUGAGAAUGAAAGAACUCAACCGUAAACAAAUCCUCAACCAACAAGAUCAUAUUGAACAGCAAGCAUUGAAAGAGAAGUUCGAACUGGUUCAACCUUUGCAAUCUAAAGUGAUUACUGCUGAUGAUGAUAAAUAA